AUGUCAGCAUCAACUACUACCACAACUUCAACUUUUCAAUUUCAAGAUCAAUUAAAAAAAUUACCAAUACCUGAUUUAAAACAAACAUGUGAAAAUUAUUUAAAAGUAUUAAAACCUUUACAAACUGAAAUUGAAUAUUUAAAUACCGAAAAGGCUGUUUAUAAAUUUCUUAAUGGUGAUGAAAAUGAUCCUAAUAAAGAAAGUGUUGGUUGUUAUUUAGAUAAUAAAUUAAGAAAAUAUGCUGAAGAUAAACCAAGUUAUAUUGAACAAUUUUGGUACGAUGCUUAUUUAAAUUAUGAUUCUCCAGUUGUUUUGAAUUUAAAUCCAUUUUUUUUAUUAGAAGAUGAUCCAUUUACUUCAAAUGAAUCAAUAUCAAUAGAUCCUCAAAUUAAAAGAGCUACUUCAUUAACUUUAUCUUCAUUAAAAUUUAUUCAAGCUUUAAAAAAUAAAACUUUAUCAAUUGAUACUUUAAAAAAUGGUAAACCUUUAUGUAUGUAUCAAUUUACAAAAUUAUUUGGUUCUUCAAGAAUUCCAACUGAUGAUGGUUGUAUGAUGCAAAGUGAUUCAAAUUCAAAUCAUAUUGUUAUUAUAUCAAAAUCUCAAUUUUAUUGGUUUGAUGUAUUAGAUUUAAAUAAUAAUAUUUUAUUAAAUGAAUCAGAAUUAAAUAUAAAUUUUAAUUCAAUUGUUUUUGAUUCUUUAAAAACUUCAAAUAAUGAUAUUGCAAAAUCUUCUUUUGGAGUUUUAACUACUGAAAAUAGAAGAAUUUGGGCAAAUGCAAGAAAUGAAAUUAAUAAUAAUAAAAUUAAUAAAGAAGUUUUAUCAAUAAUUGAUUCUGCUUUAUUUAUUUUAUGUUUUGAUGAUAUUAUUAUUAAUGAUUUAUCUGAAUUAUCUAAAAAUAUGUUAUGUGGUUUAUCUAUUUUAGAUAAAGGUAUACAAAUUGGUACUUGUACUAGUAGAUGGUAUGAUAAAUUACAAAUUAUUAUUACAAAAAAUGGUAAAGCUGGGAUAAAUUUUGAACAUACAGGUGUUGAUGGUCAUACAGUUUUAAGAUUUGUUUCUGAUAUUUAUACUGAUUCUAUAUUAUCAUUUGCUCAAUCUAUAAAUCGUAAUGCUCCAUCAUUAUGGAAACCAAACACCACCACCAAGACCAACACCACCAAAACAGAAGAAGAAUAUAUAACAGUACCAAGAAAAUUAGAAUGGGAUUUAACACCUGAAUUAUCAUUAGCUUUAAGAUUUGGUGAAACAAGAUUAUCAGAUUUAAUAAAUCAAAAUGAAUUUCGUCAUUUAGAAUUUAAAUUUUAUGGAUCAGAUGAAAUUAAAAAAAUGAAAUUUAGUCCUGAUGCAUUUGUUCAAAUGGCUUUUCAAGCAACUUAUUAUGCAUUAUAUGGUAAAGUUGAAUGUACUUAUGAACCUGCAAUGACGAAACAUUUUUUCCAUGGUAGAACUGAAGCUAUUAGAACUGUUUCAAAUGAAUCAAAUUUAUUUGUACGUAAAUUUUUUGAUAUAAAUGUUUCAAAUAAAGAAAAAUUAGAAUAUUUAAAUCAAGCUUGUAAAGCUCAUUCUAAUCAAACAAGAUUAUGUUCAAAUGGUGAAGGUGUAGAUCGUCAUUUAUAUGCAAUUUUUUGUUUAUGGAAAAGACUUUUAGGAAAUGAUGAUAUACCACAAUUUAUAACAAAUUUACCUUCAAUUUUUGAAGAUUCAGGUUGGGAUAAAUUAAAUAAUACUAUUAUUUCUACUUCAAAUUGUGGUAAUCCAGCUUUAAGAUUAUUUGGUUUUGGACCAGUUACUGCUAAUGGAUUUGGUAUUGGUUAUAUUAUAAAAGAUGAUUCUAUUUCAUUUUGUGUUGGUUCGAAAUAUAGACAAACUCAAAGAUUUUUAGUUACUUUAAACUCUUAUUUACAAGAAAUUCAAAAAAUUUGGAAAAUUGUUGAAACUUCUAAAAAAUUAAAAAUUGAACAAUCUCCACCAAAAAUUAAUAGAAAUUUAACUACUUUAUUAGGUGGGUAUGGUUAUUUUGAUAUGGGUGAUGAAGAUAUUAAAAGUAGAGGUCAAUCACCUGAACCUCCAUUUUUAAGUAGUAGAGGUAAUUCUACUUAUACUUUACGUGAUAUUGGUAAAAAAUUAAGAUUAAGUGAAUACUAA